ACCGGCCUAAAGCAGCAGCAGGAUGUUCGCAGGCUCAGCCUCUGUGCAAGGAAACAUGAGCAGGCGCAGAUAUUCAGAGUCCCGGGCCGCCGGAUAAAACCAGAGGAGGAGACGGCGGUCCGUGUGGUUGGAGCUCAGAGACUCAGGCGGGGAACAUGUGAGCGGGGCAUGGGCGGCUGGGAGCGGGAUUAUUGUUCAGCACAGCCGAGAGACGCAGGAGGGAGCCGGGGAAGGAGAGACGCGGGGACAGUUUUCCUCCACGAACAUUUGGAUUCGAGCGCAGCAGAGAGAUCUGCGGACCGAGCGGCCAAAGAUGAACACCGUUGUGUUUAACAAGCUGAGCAGUCAGGUCCUGUUUGAGGAGAAGGCGAAGGAAGUGGAAAUGAGCAGCAGAAAUUACCUGGAGGUCAUCGACGGCCAACAUCCAGACCUCCUCUGCAGCAGCCCGGCCAUCAGAGACAGCCAGGCGGCCAGACACAGGCGGAGCGGGGGUCGUCCCAGCGGCAGCAAAGUGCGACACAAGCGCCAGGCCCUGCAGGACAUGGCGCGGCCGCUCAAGCAGUGGCUCUACAAGCACAGAGACAACCCGUACCCGACCAAGACGGAGAAAAUCCUGCUGGCGCUCGGCUCGCAGAUGACUCUGGUCCAGGUGUCCAACUGGUUCGCCAACGCCAGGAGACGCCUGAAGAACACGGUGAGGCAGCCGGACCUGAGCUGGGCGCUCCGGAUCAAACUGUACAACAAAUACGUUCAGGGCAACGCCGAGAGGCUGAGCGUCAGCAGCGACGACAGCUGCUCCCAAGAUGGAGACAACCCUCAGAGGACACAGAGCGGCCCUGAGGAUCUCACCAAGCCCUUGUACCAGAGCGUCAUCAAGAAGGAGGGCUCCCCCAUGGUGGGCGUGGCCAUCGGCAUGGACCCAGGGCUGCGUUCUGCCGUGGAGGCCGAGGACUACGUGUCUCCACCCAAGUACAAGAGCAGCUUGCUGCACCGUUACCUGAACGACUCUCUGCGGCACGUCAUGGUGGCCAACGCUGUCAUGGACGCUCGCAAGAGGAACCACUCUGGCUCCUUCAGCUCCAACGAGUUCGAUGACGAGCUGCUGUCGCCAUCGUCCUCUGAAGCUGAGGCCCACUUCGUCUAUCGAGCCGAAGCCACAGACCAUGGAUCAAGUCAACAUGACAAGGGCAACGGUGGCGUCGCAGCGACGCAGAAGGAGAAGGUGAAGGCCAAAGAUGAGACGUACUGGAAGGAGAUCAACGCCGCCAUGGCCUUGACCAACUUGGCUCAGGGGAAGGACAGCGUCUCCGGGACAACCAGCUGCAUCAUCCAGAAGUCCUCCCAUAUAGCUGAGGUGAAGACUGUUAAAGUGCCAUUGUUGCAAAAGUUUUAGCUACAAUUUGUCUAUGCAAUGCAGAAGCAUUUCUCUCAGUAAACUUGAUGGAGUCGUUAAAACUCUCUGUGACAUUUAAAGAUCUGGUGCUUAAGGAGGAAAGUGGGCUUGUGAAGAAAAAAUAUGUUUUGGUGUUUCUGAAACUGUUAAAAUGAUAGGUUCCUUUAAAAAAAAAUUGUAUGUUAACUUAUUGUUUUGAGUCUUUUUAUUGCUACAAAUAUAUUUUCCGAAGUGCCUUUGUUUUCAGCAGUUUGCUCACUGAUUGUGCGCAAUGGAACAUAUGAUCACAGAGAUUUGUGAAGGAAUGUUUUGUCGAGUGCAGGCUCUUAGUCGGUAUUAUUCAGGAUUUGUCCCUUGUAACAUUAUGUGCCUUAAGAACAGAGUGAGCUCAUUGGCAUUGAUGAACUCAAAUAGCAUGCAUCUGCACAGGAACUGUUCCUAUUUUGACUGGAGUUUCCAUUUGGGCUGUAAACAGAGCUCUGCUUUGUGACUGCUCAACACGUUUCGAAGCAAAGAGUUUUGUCCAACUCGUCCGCCUCUUAACAUUGGAUUCUAUCAGCCGCUGAAGAAUUUUUAUCUUAUUGAGUCGUGUAUCUGCCGAAACGUGCACAAGCUCUCAGCUGGACCCAAAGCCGCUAAUCGCCCACGUGGCCGGGCCAAUAAAGUCGAGCAAAAGACCGCAGUGACCUAAAAGGGAUAUUUUUACUUUACUUUAUCAGUCUGCCAUUUGAAGUGUGGUAGCUUCCCUCCCUCCCCCUUUUUUGUUGCAAAGAACAGGAUGGUGUGGAGUAAAAAAAACACGAACCCAAAAAGCCAAGCUCUGCUCCCUCUCUGCCUUUUGAUCCACAGCCUCCCCAGAUGUUCGACAUUACAUUUAAAUUGCUGUUUACAAGAAGCCUGAGGACAGGCUUAAAAAUGUAACUUUCUCUUCCAUGGCCUCUUUCUGUCCUGCACAGUAUUAUUUCUUUGUCAGCCAAGUGUUUAAAGCAUUUAUUAUGGCUGCCUGUGUGUGUCUUGUGUCGGUUUUGAUUAAAACUGUCUCGUCUAACUGUGUUGCUUUAAAAUCAUCUCCGUCACCCAGUGGAAAGAAUCCGCUUCUGAGAAAGUGAUUACUGCAGUUGCACCUGAUUUUUAGCUUUAAGGACGUCUUGGAGGUAGUGCUGGUUUGCCUGAAAAUGAACGUUUUGUAUUUACAGUUGUCUGACGGCCGUGAUGAAGGUCUUUAAAAGAGAACAAAACUGCACAAUUACUUUUUUUCUUUUUUUUUUACCAUGCAUUGAAUGUUUAACCAGACGUUCACGGCUACACAGGCGUUUUUAACAAAGAAAAGUCAAAGAAACAGAUCUUUUGGUUAUAUCAGUUUGUGUAUACAUGGAAGUAGUUUGUAAUUAAUCACACCGAACCUCAGGCUCUGUUUGUAUAUGCACUCGAGACGUUGGCGUGUUUUUCAGCCAGCUGAUCCAGGCGCCGGCAGAACUGAAUCCACGGCUCGCGUUUCAGUUUGCAGCUCCCAGCCUCUGAGCCGCUCACGCCUCGCACAAAGGCCGCGUGCUGGUGACGGAGGCAGAAAAAGGUGAAGGGGAGUUCAAAGGCAGCAACAGGAACACCAGAUGUAUAAGCAAAUGGGCUCCACAGCCAUGACCCGGGUACUGUAACGCUCUCCAGCACAAACUCUGCUCUUAACCACGCUGAGAGAUAUGAAAAUGUGUGUUUUGUAAUGUAUAAAUUAUUGCAUUGAAAAAGCAAUGAAAGUGGUGACCGUUACUUGUCUCUUAUUGUUAAUUUAUAUGAACAAAUUCUUUUUUUUUUUUUAUUUUGAUAAAGACUGGAUUUUCCAUCCAAUGAUCAGAUUUAUAUCUUCUUGUACUGUUUCAUUUGCCUUUCUGUAAAAUGUGUUUGAUAAACUAUUGUUUCUUGGUGAUGAUAAAUAAACA